CGCACGCACACACACACACACUCUCGCGCGCUCUGAGCUGGUGUGGAGCAGAGUGGAUAGGCGAGCAGUCGGAGCUUCUGAGAAGGCGUUGAUAUCUCCCUGGAUUGCUCUCACUCAGGCACCCACGCCGCACUGACAGCGGAGACGAGACGACCGGUGACAGGAGGGGACUUCGGCGGCCGUCGGACAGCCUCUCAACAUCACCUCACACCAGCCGCACACAACUUCUCACUCCGGGAUCACAGGGAUCGGUGAAAUAACUCACUCCCACAAUUCAUCAACUUUUGGGCAAACACCCAAAACUCACACACACGCACACACACACACACACAAGAACAAACACAGAAGACUGCCACAGCUGGACACCAGAGAUUUAAAAUGUGGAUUAUUACCCCUUAAAGCAAAACACUUGUGAAAUACCGACUCAAAGGGUUCUGGGCUCCAGUCUAAAGGCAUCUGCCAUCAGAGGGAAACACGAGGAGCCAGAGGACCAUGCACUGAGAGCAAGGCAUGGAGGCCGUCUCUGGGGUGGCAGCUUGGGACGGGCUGGCUCAGUCCUCCUCUGCCCCGGUAGCAGCAGCGGCAGCAGCAGUGGCCGCAGCGGCGACCACGUCGGGAUGGGUCAACCUCACGUCCGCCCUGUUCCCGGGGCCCGGUCCCAACGGCACCUAUGGUGGCGGCGGCGGCGGGGGGUCCUCCUACUUCUGGCUCUUCCCUGAGAACGCCACGGGGAGCCCCCUGCUGGGCACGCCGGCCCCGGCGCGGCAGCGGGACCCGUACCUGGCGCGGGCCGAGAUCGGCGUGCUGGGCCUGGUGCUGGCGCUCACCACGCUGGGCAACAGCUUCGUGCUGUGGGUGCUGCUGCGCCGGCGCAAGCACAACGCGCCCAUGCACGUCUUCAUGGUCAACCUGUGCCUGGCUGACCUGGUGGUGGCCUUCUGCCAGGUGCUUCCCCAGCUGGUGUGGGACAUCACCGAGCGCUUCCAGGGGCCCGACGCGCUCUGCCGCCUGGUCAAGUACCUGCAGAUCGUGGGCAUGUUCGCCUCCUCGUACAUGAUCGUGGCCAUGACGGUGGACCGCCACUACGCCAUCUGCUGCCCGCUGCAGGCGUACCGCGGGGGGGCCGUGUCCCGCUGCAACACCCCCGUCAUGGUGGCCUGGGCGCUGGCCCUCAUCUUCAGCAUACCACAGGUGUUCAUUUUCUCCAAGUCGGAGCUGGCGCCGGGGGAUUUCGAAUGCUGGGCCCACUUCAUUGAGCCCUGGGGCCUCAAGGCCUACGUCACCUGGAUGACCUUGGCCGUGUUUGUGUUUCCUGCUUUCAUCAUCACUGUUUGCCAGGUGCGAAUAUUCAGAGAGAUCCAUGACAACAUUUACCUAAAAUCAGAGAGGGUUGUGACAGCCGACCUCAAGAAGAACGCUGUGUUCUUCGGCCUCCAGACGGUCAAAACGGAGGACGAUCGAAUGAGAGGAAGAGCAGGCCACAGACCCAGGGAGCGGAGAGGAGGAGGAGGAGGAGGAGGAGGAGGAGGAGGAGGAGGAGGAGGAGGAGGAGGCUACCCUCUCCAGAAAAGUGAAAACAGCCACCUAUGCCACCCAAACUGUAAUGACUAUCCGAUGGACAAUACGUCGGACUGCUACGACUGCAUUUGUUCGGACAGCCAGUACGGCCAGUGCCCCAGCGACGUCACCCUGCCGCCCUGCUCCCACGGCAACCACAGCACGCCCGACGUCCUCCCCACCAAUCAGAACCAUUCCAGCUCCACGGCGGGGCCAGUCAGUCACUCUGUUUACAACCACCACCAGGAGCACGGGCCGCCCGCCUGCAGCGAGGCCGGCUGCUACGGGGGCUCCUUCUCCUGCGACCGCAGCCCCCUCAACGCCUCCUUCCCGUCGCGCUACAGUGUGGGCAGCGGCUCGCCCUUCGCCGCCCAGGCGCCCCUCAGCCCGCCGCCGCCCAGCAUCUCCAGGGCCGUUAAGACGGUGCGCAUGACGCUGGUCAUCGUGCUGGUCUACACCAUCUGCUGGUCACCCUUCUUCAUCGUGCAGCUGUGGGCAGCCUGGGACCCCAACGCACCCAUCCAAGGGGUGGCCUUCACCAUCCUGAUGCUGUUGGCCAGCCUGAACUCGUGCACCAACCCCUGGAUCUACACGGCCUUCUCCAGCAGCGUGUCGCGGGAGCUGCAGGCCCUCCUGCGCUGUCGCUCGCGCUCCGCCCGCCGCGGCUCGCUGCCCGACGACUCCACCGCCACACACACCUCCACCACCAAGGAGAGCCUGUACUGAGAUCAGACACACACACACACACACACACACACACACACUCACGCGCCAAGGCAAACUAUCUCAGGACGAUGGGUCUACCUCCACCAUCAAGGAGAGCCUGUACUGAGAUCAGACACACACACACACACACACACACACACACUCACGCGCCGAGGCAAACUAUCUCAGGACGAUGGGUCUACCUCCACCAUCAAGGAGAGCCUGUACUGAGAUCAGACACACACACACACACACACACACACACUCACGCGCCGAGGCAAACUAUCUCAGGACGAUGGGUCUACUACCUCCACCAUCAAGGAGAGCCUGGGCUGAGACAAACAUACACACACACAUUCACAGGUGUCACGGACAUACACUCACGUGCCGAGGCUAAGUACCUGAUGACGAUGGGUCCAACAUCACCCACACACACACACACCUUCACCAAGGUGAGCGUGUACUUUGGUGGCACACACACACACAAAAACACACAAAUCCAGGCUCAGCGCAGGAUGACAUCACCAUCACAUACACAUCUUCACCAAGGAGAGUCUGAGACACACACACACACACACACACACACACACAUAAAGUCUACCCUCAUUAAACUCCUGUCAAAGUGACAGAUUCUGAGAAGGAGACCUUAGAAGAAGUCCUCAGCCAGGCACAAAGGCAGACAUGCACACACACACACACACACACACACACACACACACACGCAUGCACACACACACACACACACGCAUGCACACACACACACACAAACACCACCGACACCACUACAGAGUCCUUCACCUGUAUCACGAUGAGGGACAGGAGAGAAGAGGGGGCCAUAAUUUAGAGCAAUGUGUGUAUGACAUGGAGGAGGAGAGAACACAGAACACAGGAGGAGAGAGAGGAGAGGAGGAUGGGUACAGAACACAGGAGGAGAGGGAGGAGAGGAGGAUGGGUAUAGAACACAGGAAAAGAGGGAGGAAAGAAGGAGCAGAUGAGGGGGAGCCAUACUCCACACACAGGGUGCUGAAACAUUCGCUCAUGGGAGACUCCAUACCUCCAGUGCGCUAUCUUUUCUUUUAUCAGCACACGCACGCACACACACGCGCACACACACACGCUCACACACACGCUCACACACAUGCACACACAAAAAAACAACACAGCUUCAAUACAUUUCUGAACUCCUGAACCAACUACAGUGCAUACAGUACAACUUAUCCACACCAAUUAAUCAUGUAGAAAGGAGGUGAAGGAGCACUCGAGUCAACCGAUUUUUUUUUCUUUCUUUUCUUCUUUUCCUUUUCUUUUUGAUGAGCAAUGAAGGGAACACUUUAAAUCUUACACGAUAAUAAAACAAAACUGUUAGAAAAACUGUUGAGAAAAUUUGAAUACAGUUAACCGGUUGAACAAAGAGAGAGACACUUAAAGCCACUGAAGAGGAACGUUUGGUCGUUAGGGGUAAAUUAAGAUAGCGCAUGGAAAACCUGAGACCAACACUGUCAACACCCUAAACGAAGGGAAGUUUAUGGAGUGUUGAGACCAACAGAUGGUCCACAUUAACCAAAAUGGAUAACUUCACUGUAUGGGACACAAGAGGAUUUUCAUUCACUUUGUCACCAAGACGACCAGAUCUCCAGCUCACAGCCAUGUUGGCGAGGCACAGUGAACAGACUCUGAAAAACAAACACACACAUCGCGAAAGAGCGGUUUGGGGGAUGAAACGGACUAACUGUUCCAGGGGAGAUUCAUCCUGAAAGCAAAUGUUUUUUGUUCCUCCUUAAAAAAACGAAAUCAAUGUAAAUAUACUGAUGAUCAACUAUAGGUGUUGUAGUGAGACUAAAUCAAUCUCAAAAAACGAGAACGGUCUGGACGCACACGUUUAUCUAUCAGAUGCAUUCCAUGUGUUGUACGUACUCUCACCUGUAACAGUUUUAGAAUGUGAAAGGGGUUGGAAUGUUGUUUAGAUGUCAAAUAAAAUGGAUGUACUUGUGAGAUAAUAGGUCCUGCAUCGUAAAUGUUGUAAAAUUAGAAGCAACCAAAGAGUUCCCAAAUUGAUGUAGAGAUGAAACCUGUGAAGUAGCCUAAAGAUUUCUGAUGGACUCUUCAGUGGUGCUCUGUGCACACAGUGAGAACCCAGACUUACUUGAUUAUCUGGCCAAUCAAAGUGCCUUCAUGUAUAUUGAUACAUCACACAUCAUAGCCUGUUCUGUCACUGUUCCAAAUAUAUUGUAACUACUGCAAAAAAUAGUUUUUUUUGUACUAUUGCCUGUUGUUAUUAUUUGCAACACCUACAUUUAUUUAUUGCAUUUUGAUUAAAUGCACCAUACUACCUGCGUUUUGUACAUGAGAUAUGUGAUGGGUUUGUUGUUUGGUGACAAGCAGGUCCCCACCAGACAUUUCAGUAGAAGCACUGGCAUGUUCCAUUCAUGUAGACUUGCAGUACAUCAUGUUUGAAUGAGCCUCACAAACCAUUGUGUCUGGAAAAGACCCUUUUAAAGAUUAUAUAUUUAAAAUAAUAAAUGGAU